AUGCCUUUCACAGCAUCCGACAUUUGCAAGAUCAUUCUUGCCAUCAUCCUCCCUCCCCUCGGUGUCUUCCUCGAGCGAGGUUGCAAUGCCGACUUUUUCAUCAACAUCCUGUUGACGAUCCUGGGUUAUAUCCCGGGUAUCAUCCAUGCUCUCUACAUUAUCCUGAAGUACUGA